UCUAGCCUGGGCAACAGAGAGAGAGACUGUCUCAAAAAAAAAAGUGUGUUAUUUAGUUUCUACAUGCUUGUGAAUUCCUCAAAUUGCUUUGUGUUAAUAAUUUUUAAUUUCAUUUUAUUGGGGUUGGAGAACAUACUUUUGUAUGAUUUCAAGUCUUUAAAAUUUAUUGAGGCAUUUUUUCUGGCCUCUAAUUUGGUCUAUUCUGGAUAAUGCUCAAUGCGUGCUUGAGAAGAAUGUGCAUUCUGCUGUUGGUGAAAAACAGUAUAUAUUUAAAUUGGGAUUUUAAAAAAACCUUGUGGUAAAUCUCUUUGCAAAAUAGACUUUAUAAAUGUGUUGCUCUUUUGCUGUAAAGCCAGAUUUUUAAAUGCAGUUUGAAAAUAGGUUAUAUUAAUUUAAGCGAGGUAUUUGAAACUUUGAAAUAAUAAUAAAAAAAUACAUAUAAGUAUCAGUAGUUUGUCUUAUGGGUGAACUGUUCAUCAGUCUGGAGUUGGUAUGUUUUAAAAGAAGAAUCAUAAAAAUAGAAUAUUAAAGUUACAAUUUUAGUAGCAAAAGUUAAGUUGAAUGAUUAAAAUUGUCCUUAAGAUUUCAAGUAAUAUACAGGUAAUGAGACAUGAAACUAUUGGAAAAACAUUUUAAUUGGAAUGAUAGGAAUUUUGAAGCAUCACAGAAGUUGGGAAGUAGAAAGAUUAAGUAAAUCAGGCUUUUACAUUUCUGGUUGAUAAAAUGGACCUGAGUUAGAGAGGACAUCGUUAUUUCAGCUGAGAUCAGAAUCCCCGUAGGCUGGGGUGCCAGCAGCUCUACACGGAGCCUUUGCACGCGUCAGUAAGAGCCCAAACCGCGCAAGCUCCUCUCUCCUCCUCGUAGCAACCCAGGAGGGCUGGCUCUAGCCUAACCUCCAUUUCACACACGAGGAAACUGAGUCAGAGAAGACCUCGCCAGGGUCACGCAGGUAGUGAGCCAGGGUCUGAAGCCAGGCUGCGUGAGUCCCAGGUUGUGUGCUCCCAUGGUGUCACUCUGUCACCUCCAGCCUCGGUAGGAGGAGAUGGCGGAUGGGACGACAGGUCUACUGGGAAACGAUGGCGAGGGGCUCCUGGGCCCCCAGUGGCAGGACCGCGAGUGUGACCAAGCCGUGAUCGCGGACUGGGUGUUCCGGGCGCCCCAGGUGGCCGCGUUUCUGGGCGUGGUCAUCCACAAAGGCUUCCGAGUCCCGUGCCCGUCCCUCGACCUGCGCACGCUGGUCCCCGAGUGCGAGGCGGACCCGGGCAGGAGCAUCCUGGACGUGCUCUCGGUCACCUACGUCAACGCCCACCUGCCUCGGGAGCGGCGGCACCGCUGGCGCCUCCUCUUCUCGUCCGAGCUCCACGGGCACAGCUUCUCCCAGCUCUGCGGGCGCGUGGCCCGCCGGGGCCCCUGCGUGGCCGUGCUCGAGGACCACGGCGGCCACGUGUUCGGCGGGUUCGCCUCCCGCUCCUGGGAGGUCAAGCCUCAGUUUCAAGGGGACAACAACUGCUUCCUGUUCUCCAUCGCCCCCCGCAUGGCCGUGUACACGCCCACGGGCUACAACGACCACUACAUGUACCUGAACCAGGGGCAGCAGACCAUGCCCAACGGACUGGGCAUGGGCGGGCAGCACGGUUACUUCGGGCUCUGGGUGGACGUCGACUUCGGGAAAGGACACAGCAAGGCCAAGCCCACGUGCACCACGUACAACAGCCCGCAGCUGUCCGCCGCCGAGGACUUCCGGUUUGACAGGAUGGAGGUGUGGGCGGUCGGGGACCCCUCGGAGUCGGAGCUGGCCAAGAGCAACAAGAGCAUCCUGGACGUGGACCCCGAGGCCCGGGCCCUGCUGGAGAUCAGCGGGCGGCCUCGCCACAGCGAGGGGCUCCGGGAGCCCCCGGAGGACCAGUGAGGAGGGGCCGGCCCGGAUCCGGCCGGAUAGGAGGCACCGCCUGCCGCCCCUCCCCUAACCCCCGCGUGGGAGCCACGCAGGCCGUAGCCUGGCGGUCCUGGAGGUGCUUGACCGGCACAGAGCCAGCGCCGAGAGGAAGCCUCUGAGGCCACGGGUGGGGGGGGCGCAUCUCCCAGAACCUGAAGUGGCGAAUGAGUGACUUAGUCUCGCUCUCGGUUCCUUUCGUGUCAGUGAAAUCCUGAGAUGCUGAGACAUCGGCGAGCUCUGCUGGAGUUGGCGUUUGUUGGGAGCGUGAGUGCACUCUGUGCGGGGACAGGGCCCUUUCUCUGGGGUCACUUGGCCUCUGCUUUGGCCACCCCAGUUAGAAAAGCGCCUCAGUGGUCGGUUUUGACUGUUAAAGGGCAGACACAUUUGGGUGAGGGUCGUGAUGACUUUUGGGUGCAGCUUCCACAAUGGCAUGGAAGUUCUGUGUUUUUCUUCUAAAGCAUGGACAGUGUAUUCACGGGGGAAAUGGUCUGGUGGUGGCGCGGGUCCCCAGGAGGUGUUAGUGACGAAGGUUCCACAUCUCGCCGUCGCAGCCGCUUUUAAAUGAACCUGAGCCGUGAACUGACAGGACAAUCAGGAGAAGCCAAGCUCUGAGUCUGGAGCUUGGUCGACAGACACGUGUGCCCGGUCCUGGAGGUCGGCAGUGAGUGACGUCCCGUUGCCGGCCUGGGCUCUAGACUGCCGGGCAGUAUCGCCAUUUGGCCAGGGCUGCUCCCGGAGGGCAUGACGGGUAACUCAACAGUGUAGACUCGCUGUGAACAAACUCCAGGGAUCCUGAAAUGCUGACGACGAUGAGGUGGAAAUUGGGCCUCUGAGCAGACCUGCCGUCCCGCCUCUGCCACAGGUCUGGGAAACCCCACGCCGUGGGGCACCAGGGCACACGAGAAUCCCCUGCUUGCAGGAGCUAAGACAUACACCUCUUCCUCCCGUCUUCUGCUACAAACGUGGGCCUUUUGCAGAGCUGACGGGGAAGAAGUGCGGCCUUUUAUUGUAUAGUUUACCUUGAUUACAAGCCAUGCCCACAUUUAGCCGUUUGGAUUUUGCAGGGUGGCCCAUCAAACCUUCCACUCACCAACAUCCCUGACCGAGGCAGAAGGCCUUGCAGGUUAGCCGUCCAAAGAAAAGUGCACGCGCAGACGGCACCAACAGGGACUCAGUCAUGACUGAUAAAAAGCCAGUUGCAGACGGCACAAACAGGGACUCGGUCAUGACUGAUAAAAAGCCAGUUUUUAAUGGCUUUUCAGGAACAUAUCUCUACAAUAAAUCCAAAGAACAAGGCCCCAUUGUCACUCUGCUUUGGAAUUUUUUUUAAUAUAAAAAUGCAAUUAAAUACCUCACUGAUAAAAGGUCGGUCAGUGCCUUGAAUAAUACCAUUCACUGCUGCCUCUGCUUUCGGCUGCCGGGAGGGUUACGGUUUUGUUUUGGGUAGUUUGUAGAUUCUCAUGGGGUCUGUGGCCAUUAUGAUUGCAUGCCUGGAAAUAAAGGUAAAUUCCCUAGUCUUCUAAUUUCUGUAUCAUUUUUUCUUAUUAACUGAUUGUAUUGCAUUAUAUUAAUAAGUUAAUACAAUUAACUUAUUAAUUAAUUGUAUCAGCAAAUACUUCCAGAACAUUAAGAGUAGUGGUACAUAUUACAGAACACGUUCUUACAUUUAGGGGAAAAAAAAAAAAA